AUCGAUUCACUUGAACGAGUCAUUUCAAAAGAACCGAUUCGUUUUUGAAUCGUCCUUGACUUGUCGCAACCGGAAGUUCUUCCUCUUUAAUCGGUCCGUGUGACCAGAGUCAAUACUAAUAGCACGUAAUACGAUGGCUGCUCGGCUGCUUGUGAGGAGAAUCUGGGCCGUCUCUGUGAAAGACUUCCGCCGCCUGCCCGCCGCUGCCUCUCUCUCAUCCUCGUCACGCUCCUCCUCCUCCCUGAACACCUCGGUCCACAAACGGUCCUUCCUGUCUCCUUCUCGCUCCCUCCCUCUGUCCUCACACAGGUGUAUCUCCUUCAACGUGCAGGACCAGGACGACUUCACCGAGAGGGUCAUCAACAGCGAUCUGCCCGUGAUCGUGGACUUCCAUGCACAAUGGUGUGGUCCCUGUAAGAUCCUGGGCCCCAGGCUGGAGAAGGCCAUUGCUAAGCAGAAGGGUCGCGUUGCCAUGGCCAAAGUGGACAUUGAUGAACACACAGACCUUGCUAUAGAAUACGGGGUGUCGGCGGUUCCCACGGUGAUAGCCAUGCGCGGCGGUGACAUCAUCGACCAGUUCGUGGGGAUUAAAGAUGAGGACCAGUUGGAUUCGUUUGUCAACAAGCUUAUUGGACAAUGAACCUGUCAGUCAAACCCUCAAGCCCAACCCUCUUUACACUUUAGUUUACAGCUCUGGAAAACCACAUUCAUUUAUACACACACACACAACAGGCUAAUCCACAAUUUGCUUGGCAACCGUCACACUGUAUCCAUUAGAUGUUUGUGUGUGUGGGUGUGUGGGUGUCUAUUCAUGCUUUAUUCUUCACUGACUCUUGCUGCUGAAAUAGUAGACCGUCUCAGAUUUUGUGGGAUUUUGUUAAAGGGAAACUCCAAAAAAAAAGAAAGAAAUGUUUAUUUUUAGAGCUUGAUCUCUCACAGCUGCUUCAGUUCUCCCUGCACUUCCUGUUGUCGUCCACCCGAGGGCGAUCUUCCUCUUUAAUCCAAGGCCACAUGACAAUGUGACUCACAUUUAUCUCGCACUUAUCUCAGAGAUCCAGGAUAAGGUCACGUACGUCUAAUCCCGAUGAAUGCAGUUAUAUAUGAAGAUGAUAGUGCUGAUCCCAGAUCAGUAAUCUCACUCUCCAAGGGGAAAAAUAAAUCCGCCUGUGUAUGUAUGAGAAAAUGAGUGUGUCCUGAUUCUGUGUAAGUUUUGACUGUGAAAUUUCGAUUUUAUCUCCAUAAAUGGUAUGUAAUAUGACCAGCUAAAAUGGAUUUAGAAAUAAAGCAGAUGUAUGAUGCUCUA